UAAGUUUAAAAAAGGCGCGCACGGUCGCACUGAAAUCGCGAUUUACUUCAACUCGGUUUUUUUGUUGUUGUGGAUAAAUUAAUUAAUGCUGCGCUAGGUGGAAUAAGCUGUGGAUUAUCCAGGAAGGAUUGCCGGGAACCGCGGCCAUGAAUUUCCCGCUGGCGAGUGCCAACAAGGACACCUUGAGGGCCGCCUGCAAGAAGUGCGGCUACGCCGGUCACCUGACCUACCAAUGCCGCAAUUUUCUCAAGGUGGACCCUAACAAAGAGAUCCUACUGGAUGUCGAGAGCACCAGUUCGGACUCGGAGCUGGACUACCUCACGCCGCUCACUGAACUGAGGGCUCAGGAGCUGAAAGGUGGCGCUGAAGUCCCGCCACCAGUGGUGUCCAAGGAUAGAAGCAAUGACAAAAGCCGGGACAAGCUCAAGGAGAAGAAGAGAGACAAGGACAAGAAAAAGAGCACAUCCAAAAGGAGCCACAAGUUGGCUAGCAAAGACAAGGACAAAAAGUCCUUGCGCCACAAGAAGCGCAAGAAAAAGAGCCGGAAGCACAAAAAGUCUAACAGCAGCGGCAGCGAGUUGGCCAAAACCAAAACCAAAACGGGCAAAAGGCCCAGCAGCGGCAGUACCAGCAAAAAGUCGAAGAGACGCCGCUCCUCCUCGACCUCCAGCUCGGAAUCUUCCUCAUCCAGCAGCUCAUCAUCCUCAUCGGAGUCCUCCAGUGAUGACUCCUCUAGCGAUUCCUCGGAAUCUGAAUCUGAUUCCAGCGACAAUGAGGAGUCCAGCACCAGCGAAUCAGAUGAGUACGGACGAAAGAAGAAGCGUCAGGGCAAGUACAAGCGCAAGUCCACGGAUACGGCUAUGAUGCGCCGCAAGAAGACCAAGGUCAAGCGAAAGCGACAUCGCGCCGGGGGAUCCGGUGCUCCAACCGCCGGCAGCAGCUACCUGAGCAGCCUCAGCGACAGCAGCACCUACUGAAGGAUCAGAAUCAAUGUAAGAGUCUGGAUCAUUAUCAGGAUACACAGCUGCCUCCCAAAGCACUCGCUCCGUAAACUAGUUCGAUUUCCGUUUAGCCGUAAAAGAGGAGGACCAAACUGCCUGUCCUUCCUUUAUCUUCCACAGAGACUGCCUCUAGUUCCAGGCCCAAAAACUUCCCGAUAAACUCUUCCCCAAAUUAUGAAAAGCAAACAGUAAACCCUAGACUUGUCCUAGCCCUUAAGUUUCAGCAUAAUCUGCUGCAAAUACAACAAAUUAGUUUGUACACGA